AUGACUCAUAUUGUAAUUGUCAAUUAUCACAAGGGAGCUAUUAUUGCCACUCUUGAAAAAAAACUUUGGCGCUCGAGCGACGUUCAUGUCUCGAAAAGGGCAAAAUCAAAAACCCAAAACCCAAAAUACUCUGCAAAACCCGAGAGUUUGAUUCUUCCUUUCUCAGUUUCAAUUCAAGAAUGGCGUUGGAGGACGACGACUGGGACUGGAGAACCGAAGAACUCGAUUCUCUCGAAAGAGACGUUUUCCAGAAACUCGUUCAGCAAUGCAUCAACUCUGCUUCUUCUUGUAUUUCCUUCCACGAAUUGCUUCCAAAGCUCCCCUGCGAAACCCAUUCCCAAUUCUCUUCCUAACAAGGUGCUAGUAGGUGCUGUGCGCAAGAUCCCCAAAUCCUCAUGGAAUGCAAAAGAGAGGUUAUGGAUGUUCCCUAUAUCUUCUUUGUCAUCAGCAGAAAAAUUUCUUCAUGAAACUUCUGGUGUUAAUGUUGAGGUAGAGAACGUAGAUCCCUUAGUUCACCGAGCUAUUGCUGCUGCGUCCGUUUUUGGGGAUAUUCUAGGUUAUUCGUGUCGCCGAGCGGCUAUACGCCUCUUUUCAAUUUUUUAAAGAACCGAUCGGCUGUUAUUUCUUAUAUUUCUUUAAAAAUAGUGUGGCUGCGCGGCUAUACUCGAUUUUUAAAAUUUUUUUAACAGAAGUAGUAUAGAUGAUCGGUUAUACUCUGUUUACACGUACCUAUUUUAUUCUGAUGCAACUAGGAGGGUCUUAUUUGUUAAUUUUGCUUUAUUAAAUAGUAUAGUC